GUUCAAAUCAUCCGCGGCGCAUAAACCCGCAUGUCUACCAGAAAUACCAACAAUGGAUGACGGAACUGUACGUAGUGAACCCUGCUUGAGUGGCUCCCAAAUUUCGAUCUCCAAACGUGAACAAUGGAAGAGCCGCUUUGACUUUCUUUUCGCCUGUGUUGGUCUAUCUGUCGGUUUGGGCAAUGUGUGGCGAUUCCCCUACCUUUGCUAUAAAAACGGAGGUGGGACUUUUUUGAUUCCCUACUUUAUCUCUGUUAUCGCGGCUGGUAUUCCGCUGUUUACUCUUGAAGUUACUUUGGGACAACUGACUGCUCAAGGGGGAAUCAUCGCGUGGGAUAUUUGCCCGUUGUUUCGUGGUGAGUUGAGCAUUUUUUAUUGUUGGCUAACAUGUUCUAAAAUAGACGAACCUCAACUGUGUCACCUGGUAGCCCAUUCUAGACGGUUGCACAGGUAG